AUGGUCACGGUCGUCAUCAAGAACCCCUCCGCGUCGUCGCCAGGCGACUUCAGGACGCGAGUGCGAGCGGCGGGCACGGUGGGCGACGUGAAGCGACAGCUGCAGGAAGAGUACGCGGGACACCCCGACCCGUCGCGACAGAAGCUGAUCGUCGCCGGCCAGCUCGUGAAAGACUCGCUCCUCGUCCGCGACGUAUUUAAACAGGUGAUGCACCUCGUCGUCUCUUCCGCUCCCCCCGGCACCUCCUCCGCGCCGUCCUCCGCGCCCUCUUCCGCGCCCUCCACGACUCACUCCAGCCGCUCCGUCUCCCCCACGCCCUCCUCCUCCGCGCGCGCCCACUCGCGCGCCACCCUCCCUGCCUCCAACCUCGCGCUUGCUCCUUUCCCUGCCGCGCCUGCGCCAAUCCCUGCGCCCGCCGCUGCCGCCGCCGCCUCACUGCAGCGCGCAGGCGCUGUCCCGGGGUCCGGGCAGGCGCACGCAGUGGAGGCGGACGGGACGGCUGUAGCGCCGGCCGCUGCAGCUGCGGCGCCCGCUGUGGCUGCUGCAGCCGCGGGUCCUGGCGCACUGCUCGGUGCGCUGCAACACACUGCGCCCACUGGCCUGCCGCCUCUGCCCUUCUCGCCUCUCAUGGCGCCGCCCCUGCCGGCCCUUCCGCCGCCAUACUCGCCUUUCACGCUGCCGCCCUUCAUGCUGCCUGCUGACUCUUCCAUGCCUGCAUCAGCCCUCUACCCACCUUUACUGCACUCCCCUCUGCUCCCCCUCACCAUGCCGCCCAUGCCCUUCCCCUUCGCUUUCCCUUUUCCCUGGCCCUCCCCUCCGCCCAUGCCCAUGCCGGGUGAUCCCCUCGCACCCAUCGCCUUUGCCCCUCCCAUGCCUCCCUUCGCCUUCCCACCCACCAUGCCUCCUCCGCACCCAUUCGCCAGCAACGGCAACAGCCCUGCCCCCCCUGUUGGCGCGCCUGUGCACACCCACCCGCACCACCCACCCACUGUGGGCCUCGCACCACCACCGCCCGCACCAGCGGCAGCACCUUUGCCUCAGGCAGGGGCAGCACAGCCCCAUCCCGCCGCCCCUGCUGCAGCGCCAGGUGCCGUGGGGGAGGAGGCGGCAGCAGCGGCGGCCGUGCAGCAGCAUGUGCGGCAGGCGGGCGCAGUGGGAGGGGUGGAGGAGGAGUGGCAGCAGCAGCUGCAGCAGCGGCUGCAGGCGGUGAUGCAGGCAGUGCGGCAGCAGCAGAUGGCAGAGCACCACGCAGCCAUGGCCGCUGCUGCUGCUGCCGCCGUUGCUGCACAGAGGGGGGGCGCAGGUGGGCUUGCAGGAGUGCCAGGAGGAGGCAGGGCGGCAGGGGAUGCAGCAGGGCAUGUGGGGGUGGGGGGGGCGGCAGCAGUGGAGGGCGCGCCUAGAGUGCGGCGCAUUCAGUUUGCAAUCCGCAUCGACCUCAUGCUGCUGCUCAAGCUCACGCUGCUUGUCUAUGUGUUCGGCCAGGGCGGGGGCUACCGCCGCUUCUUUGCCCUCAUCGCUGCUGCUCUCUUCAUCUACCUGUACCAAGCGGGCGUGCUGGCGCCGCUGCUGCGAUGGCUCUCCCACCGCGCGCAGGCCGCCAUGGGCCUGCCUCCCCACCCCCCCCACGCCGCUGCUGCCCCCCACGCUGCUGUGCCACCUCAGGCUGGAGCCGGGGCUGCAGGGGGUGGGGGAGGGGCGGCAGGGGCGGAGGGAGGUGUCGGCGGGGCGGCAGGUGGUGUGCAGGGCCAAGCAGCGACGGUCCGCGCGCCGCUCGUGGCGGCUGUCAUGGCGUCCACCCACUCAGACGCCGCGGACUCCCAAUCGGACGGCUCAGAUUCUCCAAUUCUCGUGGAGCGACCGGGUCCGUCCGAUGUGACUACGGUUGGCGAACUGGCAGACAGGGAGGCCGCAGGGGGCGCAGCCGCUGGCGGGGCGGAGUCGAAGGCGGACGACUCGUCCGCGGAACCACCAUGCAGCGAUGGCGCGCCCGGCGAUCCGCGGAAGGAACGCGCGGAGCCCCCGGAACGCGCGGGGCAGGACGAGGCGGAAUCCGCAGCGGCGCUGGUGUCGCCGUCGAAAGCGCACGGGCGAGAGAGAGGCGCGGCGGGGUCGGGGCAGGGCGAGGUGGCGGCGGCUGUGGGGCAGGUGGCGGCGGGCGUGGCGGCGGGCGUGGCGGGUCUCGCGAGCAGCGCGGGCGCCGAGGCAGCCGCCGUCGUGAGCAGCCUGGGCGAGCGGGUGACAGGGCUGAGCACGGGCUUUGUGUCGCUCUUCAGUGUCUUUGACUCCGCUAUCGCCUACCCCUCCGACAAGCCCACUGCUCCCGCCGCCGCCGGGGGUGGCAGCAGCGCAGCGCAGGCAGAGGCGCACAAGGCCAGGGGGGGCAGUGAUGGCAGGGGGACGGGGGGCGCGGAGGAGGAGGGGCAGGCAGGGGCGGAGGGCAGUGCGCGGUCGCCCCACCCGUCCAGAGCCAUAGACCUGCAGGCCAUCUUUGGCCUCCCCACCCAUGAGACCCUGCUGGAAGCCUUCCCCUGUCGGCUGCUGCAGCUGUACCGACCAGUGUACAACACGUUCACGCCCGACAUGCGGAGGGCCUUCAGGGGCAUGCUCUACAUCACACAGCAGCACAUCUGCCUCUGCCUUGACGACAGUGGACGCCGCAUCCCCAUAAAGCUGGAGGCAGCGGAGGUGGCGGGGGUGGGGAAGCAAGCAGCCAGGCGGGGCGACAGCAGCGACCAGCUCAAGAUCGACCUCUCAGGCGCGCACACCUCGCUGCUGCUGCAGGACUUCGCCUCCCCUCAGGCGCUCGACAGCGCCCUCGCUCUCCUCGAACACAUCACCUCCUGA